AUUCAAUAAAGGUCCAUACACCGUGUAUGAAUGUUGAUGUUCAUAGCGAUUGCAUCAGUGAUUCUUUCUUCCAACAAAGAGACAGCGAACAAGAUGCUGUGAUAGCGAUCAAUGUGAAAAGCGAGCCCGUUCCCGUCGUCAGGUGCAUGCCGCGGUAGUUUGUGAGUGAACAAGGGUCGUGAAAAAUCUGAACAUUGAGCCAAUUUGAGUAAGUUUUUCACGUUGAAUAAGUAUUGGCCCCGUCUCGGGCCACCCUUUCUGUUUUCAACACUUUAUCACGUAAGUCUAAGUAUUUUAUUUGCUUUGGAUUGCGUCUCCGUGCAGUUCCACGACCAGUCAGUGACACCCGACGAGCCAAAAGAGAGUGAGAGCCGUUUGUUGUUCUUUGUGAUCCUGACAAGCACUCGACUGCAAAAUCGCUGUCGCAAUUGUGAGAAUUGCCGAAAAUGUGAAUAUGUCGUCGCUGUAGUAGUGUAGAUCAUUCUACGAAAUAAAGGAGCAUGAGUGCUGCGAGAGGUUUGUUGUGCAAUUCAUUUUUUCUUUUUUGACUGUGCUCGCCUUUGCCCUUGACGCUUGGCGGAGGUUGCAGCGCUAGCCUACCUGCGAGCACGCGGGCGUACCGUAAUAGUGUCGUAUAUCAUGAGCAAAAACGUCCCCAUCCCAGAGUCAAGAUGCGAAAUCUGCUAAACAAAUCAAUUAGAUCUCGAUUCGAGCACCAUCACAAAUUUCAAGAUACGCCGAGAAAUUGCUUUUCAUGGGGAUUUGCUUCUCAUGAGAGACACUUUAAGCAUGUAGAUUGGUAUGGCAAGAACUCUGGGGCAGGGACGUUUUUUCUCAGGAUAUCGAACUUGGUUUUUCCCGAUUCGCAAACGAGACCGGCCACCCAGUCUGUCAGCAGCCGACCGCUCGGAAGCCACGAGAAGAACUAUCCACUACCAACUCUCUGCUGUGCUACUCUAGCCUCGCCGCAACUUCGAUCAUGCGGGUUGCGCUCUAUCACGUUGAAAAAGGUGGUCUCUUUCCCCGUACAAAAUAAGACGCACUUACAAUCAAAGUUUGACAUGCAACGAAUGUAGUGAAAUGCAUGUGUUGUGGCUCCUUUCGUGCGAUUGCGCUAGUAGCAGUACAAAAAGCUCUUGCGCUAGUAGCAGUCUAAGAACCUCUAUCUCCUACGUUUCCUUGUCACGCGACUAAGCGUGGUCUUCGGGUCUGCUCUGAUGAAUUGACAAACUUUUGCUGCCAAAAGAGAAAACAAAGCGACUUCAUCUUGGGGCGCGCGGGUGCGGAAAGAUUCUUGCAGAACGAAUCUUACUCCUUAAUUGCCAGCGAAGAGGUAGAAGUCAGUGUGCGCACUCAUAGUGUCCGCCCGGCACGACAUCGACAGGAAAGCGGCACGCUUGCAAUGUGAUAGAUUUAUUCCCCUGGCGGUGGCGCACCUAUCCGCCGUAACGCCAGUGCUGGGACAGAAGGAGGCACUGCGGGCUGCGUAUCAGAAGCAAAAAGCUCAUUCUCUGCAUCAAACAGUUGUAUCUGUUCAACGACUUUUGCAUCUAUUUCUACGUAAGAAGGGCAUCAGGGGAUUUUGUGAUCAUGUGUCAUAUUAGAGUACCACACUGGCUUAGUUGCAGGACAGCGCAAGAGGCAAUGUCAAUGAAUACUGGCUGCGUGAGCACUUUAUCGCGACAAAGCAUGUUGUCCACUAGGGUCGUUUUCUUAACAGCGAACAUCCGCUGUGGAAAGUGAGUACGUAGUAGGAGGAUCUCUCCUGCUUGGUGCCAGUUUAUGCGUGGUGGCAUUGCAGCCGCGUGCGUCCACUGACUGUUGUCGUUCAUGCGUAGCCACCAUACGUUAUAUUUUGUAGACGUACUGCCACUGCGCGAGCGCUAAUGAAUAUUCCGCCCAGCGGCACCAAAAUCAAUGACACCUCGACGCGUCCACGACGUAGCGUAGUGGUGCGUCUCCACCUGUGUGUAUCGAUGUCCGCCGUUGUCUACUUCCUUAUCCUUUGGCACUUCCUUAGUGAAUGGGGGACUCCUCACUACACCAAAGCCGCACUCAGGUGUCUACUUCCUUAGUGAAUGGGGGACUUCUCACUACACCAAAGCCGCACUCAGGUGUGUGCGGAGCGGCGGAUGCAUACAGACCCUCCAUCACCAACGUCUGCAAAUCCGAAUAGGGUAGAACGAGAUGGAUGUAAGCAUGUGCCCUCCAUUGCAGCUGGUAUCUUUGUCCUAGAGAUGUACCUUAAUCUUCGCCCAUUUAAUUGCAUGGGGGGAUAUUUUUUUCUGCGUCACCAUGAAAAAUGUCUAGAAAAAAAAAUCCAAUAGAAAUUCUCCAAGGCCCCAAUAGAAAUUCUUCCUAUGUAUUGCUUGCGAUGAUCGCAAUGCGAUCUGAACCACGCAGGGUGGAAGAAUUUGCGAUAAUUGCGUACAAAAUGACCAUGCACAAUUGCGUACAAAGUACCCAUUUUUUUACAGCAGAGUCCUGUAGGUGUGUUGACUACACUAUGUGUGUUUCGCCGUCUUCGGCGUCGGCGGCGAGGACCCAUCUAUGGCGUUUCGUUUCCUUUGUCGGGUCGUGUGGGGAUGAGCUACUUUUCACUCGGAGGCUGGAGUGGACAAGGCUUCGAACAUGAUACAGUUAAGGAUGCAAGAAGCGUGGCCGUCGAGAUAGAAUGGCAUUCAGAAUUUUAAUAAGAUCUUGAUAUUGAAGAAAUCAAACGAUGUUGCAUACUCUACCUGUAGUCCUGUUGCAUGUACUAGAAUGAUACACCAACUUAUGUCGGACGUUGUGAGGUCCAUCAUGGAUCUGUGCUUUGUAAGAGCCACGUGGUGUAUGACCACUUUUGUCCUUGAGCUCAACUCGUCCAGAUGUAGUUUCAGCCCUUGGAUGAAACGCUUAUGUGCAGUUUUCCAUCCACCACUUCCACUUCCCUCAGUCACAGUACGAUGGUCUCUCGGGUGAAGAGUGAAGCUGUCGUGCGGCUCUUGUGUGUGCUCGGCAGGCAACGCACCACCAUGUCAUGGUCAUGUUCGUGAGCAGCGCGUCUACAGCUGUCAGGUGGUUGUCCGUGUGUGGCUCAAUACCAUUCUCAAACGCAAUUCCACGACUGUUUCGCCUCUAUUGUUGGUCGUGCUGCAGCGCAAGGCAAGGGCGUUGACCUUAACGAAGGCGAAGGAGGUCCGCAAGAGCGGUACAAUGUCAGUGAUGGAAUCUCCACAGUCACUGGUUGGGUUGGCACUGGCAAAGGUUCCCGCUGUUUUAAGCAAGCUUCCCCCAGAGGACCUCAGUGACGCGGACUGGGCCGGUGGCAUUGUUUACGCCGUAUGACACAUAAAUCCAUCCUCAACCAACGAUGAGCACCAUGAUCCACUCCAAAGAGUCACAGACGCGCUUACUCGGGCACCCUUGUGCCGCAAUGCAAGCUAGUUGUUUUGAACAAGAUAGAAGAUGAUGACGGAGAUCAGUAAUACCGUGGCGAUUUCGGAUGCCCCACAUGUGCCGUUGACCGCACUCACGUCGAUGCUUACAACUGAAUGAGCCCUCUCCAGGGCCCUUGAUGCCCGCCAAGGCAUACCACACACAUAAUUACUCCGUCUUUGCAUUCCUGAACCGCCUCCCCUAGGUGCUUUGUAUUCUCGUCGUGGGUUCUACCUCGUCGCUGGUUAGUUCGCAUCUGCACACACCGCAACCAUUUCUGCCGCAGAAGGCAAGGCGACGCCACCCGACAACGCACCUCUUGGAGGCAUGUGGGAAAGCGUAGGAGCCCACGAUAUACCCAGCCAUGCGUAGUUGUAAAUGGGGAAGCUAUUGGAAGAUCGCCAAUAUCUAUUUUAUAGGCUUACAACCGCUCCGUCUUCGGGUUCGCCCCAUUUGCGGGAUAAAACACGCAGCCAAAAAAUAUAGCACGAUGAAGGGCUGCAAAGGUUGCAGAACUGUUUGCGCGAGCAGGCACUCGCUGCGCGUUUUUUGUAUGGCCUAAGCAAGGGAGCGGGAGGGAACGCAAGUCGUUCCUAGCUGCCCACAGAAGGAGAAGCUCGCUAGCGUUUGUUUCACGCUGGCCAUGAUAAGAGCACGAAGUUGAAUAGUCCCCCGCGUUUGCCUUACAUGUGCCAUUUAGUUCGGCUUCGCCAACUAUUGGCGCCGCGAGAUGGGUUGCGCUGGCUCUAGCUGUGAAGGCAUCUCGGGGGUGUCUCGGCUCAGGAUAAACUGCCGAGGGCGUAGCCUUGGGGUCGAGCAAACGACCCGGGGCGCCAGGAUCUGCCUCGGGGCAUGUGCGUCAGAUUUCGCAAGUGGGGCCCAUUUGGAAGGUCGCAAGAAGGCUCGCGCGUCAAUUUCAUUCUGCGGAAUGGCCAAAAACGUCCAUGUUCCAUUGCGGGCGGCCCUUUUGGGUCAUUCCGCAAAAUAUAAAUAACUCUAAAUGGCGGCCGUUUUGCGAGUUAGUUUUCUAAUUGACGCCGCCGACAGUGUCUCGCCAAAAAAGAAAAACCAAUGCCGGGCUGCAGAUGUUUCUGCGCGUCUUGUCAGUCGGCUGGCCUAUCGCGAUGCGAUACUUAUGUUAAAGAGAAGGGCUCUGGUUUGUUGAUCUUUUUCCUUUCUUGGGCCCCUUUGUUGUUUGUUGUUGUUCAACCUCGAAAGCGGGAGUUGGCCAAGCGUAUUUGGUUUGAGGGAGCGAAGAAGUUUGCUGCUUGCGACGUGGCGGAUAGGCCAAUUGUAGCGGCAAAAGAACUCGCCCGGCGCUCUACGCGCGAAUGACUUGGAGAUUUAUCUUUGAGGGCUUCGAGGUGAAGCUCAAGCUGCCGAAUUUUGAAACCAACGACCAGAGUACAUAAGUGCCAACGCCCUUUGUGCGCAUGAUGCCGAGGGGUGAUAAGCUUUUACGGCCGUCUUUGGUGUCUCUUGCGCUCUGGGUGCCGGGCUGGAAUAGAUGGGCAAAACGAAUUUAAAGAAACAAGGAAGACGGCAGCAAUAACUAUUUACCAGGAAUUAUUUUCCAUGAAGAGGAAAUCCGCCCAAUGCAACGACGCAUGAUUUUCACACACUAGCUCCAUAUUGAACCGGUACGCAAACCACCCUUGGCGGGAACACUAUUGGUAUCGAAGACGGCUCGACGUAUCGAAACCAGGUAGCAGAUGACUCCUAUGAUGCUUCCUACAAAGAAGACACGAGGACACGGCUCGGGAUGGGCUGUUUCGCGGAGUAUGUAGGGAGUGAUGGUGAAACGUAUGUCGGAUGCGUAAACGGAGGGAGGCGACGCCGGUAUGGAUACAACACAAUGUAUCUCAAGUCCCAGACCCCGACCAUGAAGGACCGCGUGCGGUUUGUGCUUGCCGUACGCAAGACGUGCAGUCUGGCCGUUCAGAUCGAGAUGUUUGGCAGACAAGGACCGAUCAACGGCGGUCAGAUCCAGGAUUUUUCGAGCAAGUACGUUAGUAGACGAAGGUCCGCGGAAGAACCAGACUAUUGGGACAACUCCUUCUUCAUGCACAUCAAACGGAUUGAGAAUGGUCAAACGGCAUGUGUGGGGGCAAACGAGUGUGACGCACUCAGCACUGAGGACGAAGAUUCCGUGUGUUAUCGUGCCCAGGCAACUGGAGGGUUCACUCCCCCCCGUUCGCCGAGCGUCGGGUGCGACGUCACCGACAUGAGCAAAGCGUUGGGCGAAUCCGACACGGCGUACCCCUUCCGCAAGGAACUAGAAACGGGGAAAUACGAGGUGAUUAUCACCCCACGGGAUGACGGAGCCUAUUUCAGGAAUCUGCGAAUCUUGCCCAGCGACGCACCGAUGGAUAUGACCGGAGUCACGACCCGGUGCACCGACAAUGAAGUCCGCUUUCAGUUGGACGCCUUCUCGCAGUUUGACUAGAAGCGGUAAAAAUCCGGUAAUUACCGACUAUCCCCACAGUCGUAUCUAUGCUCGGUGUUACUCUGUGUUGGAUCGGUCAAAUGUAAUGGAGUUGCAGAUAGUGUGAUCCCCAAAUGGAAUUUGGUAUCAUGUGUCAUCGUCAGGGUCGUAAGUACUUAAAUGGCGCAACUGUAGCAGUGCUUUGUCUAAGAUGCUCAUACAACAAGUACAGAAGUCGUGCUAGUGCUCUCUUAGGCAUUCAUGAAUGCAUAUUGCAAAGGACACUGUACCACGUAGGGGUCGAGGAAGUUUGUAUGAGCGACCACAGAGUUUUUCUGUCCGACGCGCCUCCGUCGUCGUCGUCGAUGCUGCUGAUGGGGCUCGAUUUGUGUGUGGUGAUUUUCAUAUGUUGCAGCUACAGCUCCAAUCAUGUAGCGGCAAUCGCCGCAAACGCAAGAGAAAUCCCUUUCGAUAGCUCCGGAUGUGGUCCGUCCGCCUUUUUCAAGUGUCGUGUACGGUCCUCAUUUUUUACCGGUUUUAUGAUCAUGAUGCAGUAGGGGUGCAGGCUCUUCGGCGUGCCACCAGAUAUGCGACCUAUGCACCUUCCGAUCUGUAACGAAGAUACUUGUCGAAAAUUCGGAGAGCAUGUCGGAAGAAGUAUUUUCUAUCGCAGGCAUUAGCAGUCGUAGUGUUGAGUGUCGCACCAGAUACGGCCGCAGACAUUUGUAGAGGUGGGCGACCGCAACUAAUGGUAAUCUGAGGCUUUGUAGUACAACUCGAACUUUCUUCAGCCGAAACUGUUUGUGAGGUAGCCUAAGCAUAGUGUAUGGCCUUGAUCAAUUUCCCGCCACCUUGGGUGCGCGACUCCCGAUCCAAGACCGAAGACCGUUCGACCAGCGCGGAAGUGCGCGCCUUGUUUUUCCAUCCUCAUGCAAGCAUUAUUUCACACAUGUCCAGGGUACGAAAUGGAGGGGAGGGUGUGGGACACAUGUAUUUGUCCUCCACCAAAAUGCUAAAAGUAAAAGUAAAGGGUCAAUCACUUGCAGCAACGUGGUGAAACUGGCAUAAAUUUUACUCUGCAGUCGCACACCCGCGUCGGCACAUAUCUGCGGGGAGCUUC